CCUGUGUGUCAGUUGUUGGCCGGUAAUGGCGCCGGCUUGGCGGCGGCGUUGCUGCUGAGGCGACUUCUCGGGCCGCCGCGCUGCUGCUCCGUCUCGCCUCAGCGCCCUCUCCGGAAGCCUUGCGGGAUGACCCGGCAACCUCAGCCGCCGCUGGGGAGGAGGAGGAAAGGAGGGAGGCGGCGAUAGGACAGCGAAUGUUUGUGUUUGUGCUAAAGGUGAAGUGACAGGAUGUGGAGCAACAAACUGAAUGAGAUGCCUUUACAAAAUCCAAGGUCCUCCCAGAACAGGGAUUCCAUCAGAGACUUAACCACAGCAUGGGAUGCUUUUUCACAGACGAAGGCAGCAUUGCAGCACAUUGAGAACAAACUGGAAGUAGCACCUACCAACACAGCUGUGUUAGAUUCUGUCAUGGACAGCAAGAAGCCAUCUUCUGGUACUACCAGGAAAAUAAGUAGGAAAGCCUCCAGGUCUUCCAGCCAAAAAAAAGAGAGGUCCCCCCGCUGCCCUCUUCGUGUUACCACUUUGGAAAGCAAUAUAAGAAAGAGUGGACAUGUUGAAUUUUGUGAGCCCCUGGUUUCUUUCAGAGAUGCUGCAUGGUCUCCAUCCUGCAAAAGCUCUUGCCAACUGGAGUCUAAAGGUUUGAAACAUAAAGAAUCAGGGAGCAUAAAGAAGACUGAAGGAAUGAGUUCCAUGGCUUAUGAAAAAAGUGAGCACAGCGGAGAUUUCAAAAGCCCAUCUUCUGCUGAUGAAACCGUUGUUCGAUACUUGAAUGACCGACCAGCAAUUGAUGCCUUGCAAAGUACUGAUGUUUUCUUUAAAGCUGUAACGCCUACAAGAUCAGAAGAGGAAAAGACAGAAGGAUCCAGAGGAGAGGAGUAUACUAAAACGUCUCUGAGUACCACAACUCAGGACACGGAACUAAAAGAAUUACAGUUGGUAGAAUCUUCAGCUUCUUCUGUCAGUACUUCCAGUGCGCACAGACUAGAUAUCUUAAAGCAGCAUCAGCAUGAUGCUAAACUGGAAAAACUGAAAGAACGGAUUAGAAAGCAAUGGGAAUAUCCAGAAGAACUGAGUAGCAGAGGGCAUCUUCUGGAAUAUGCUGAUCAUCCAAUUGCUGUUGCAGCUCCUGAGAAUACAGUGACUCCUAAAGUCAGAAAAGUGGCAACUGCACCACCUGCUCCCUCAUAUAAAGGUUUCAAUCCAUCAGAAGCUAAAAUUCGUACUCCAGAUGGAAAGGUGUGGCGUGAAGAGGAAUUUCUAAACCUCAGUAGAGAGUUGUGUCGAGACUUGGAACUCCAGUUAGCAGAAGAGGAUUUGGCAGUGAAAGAGACACCUGCUGAAAAAACCAAGGAGAGGAAAGCAAUUAGAACAGUGCGCAAAAUCCAGAAAGUGACACAACUUCCAAAUCCUGAUUCCAGACCAGGUUGUACCAAUGCAAUAAGUACAUCAUCCUGGCGGGAUGGACAAAGACUGGCAAAGAAAUUACUGGGUCCAGCGCCUAAAGUAGAGCAGCAGGACAAACAGCCAUUAUCUGGUGACAGAACUGGGAAGGAGAGGUCUAUUAAAUCUGCAUCCCACAUUGGAAAGGCAGAAUCUGAUUUCAAGCUGGAUGUCACCAUAAAAACAAGAAGUCCUGAACGGUCACGGAGUAAAGUAAGAGUAGAGAAUAACCUGAAGAAAAAGGACUGUGCUCUUCAGGAUGCUAAACUGGGAGAAGAUCAUGUAAAUAAAGAUUUCUUGCCGGUUGAGAUCCGUGGGAUUCUUGAUGACCUACAACUGGACUCUGUGUCUCAAGGUACAGAGCAAGAGAGGAAUGAAGAAAGUCAGAAUCGGAAGUCAGCAUCUUCUGUUUUCAUCAGAAGCCACAGCCCAACCAAAAGAAAGCCGGACAGGCUUUCCGCCAAUGAAGAGCCUCAAGUCACUUCUAAAAAACGUCAUUAUGAUUCAGAUGAGGUUCGCCAGUAUAUUGUUAGACAACAAGAGGAGAGGAAGAAGAGGCAAAAUGAAGAGAAGAAAGCACAGAAAGAGGCAACAGAACAAAAGAAUAAAAGACUUCAGGAGCUUUACAGGAAGCAGAAGGAAGCUUUUGCUAAUAAGGCGAAGAGUACGCCGGCUCCUGAAUUAGCCACGAAGCAGUUGCAGGCAACUUACUCUAAAUUGUUACUGGAACGGACCUUGCUGGAGGAGCCAGUGCCCCCUGCACAGGAGUUCAAACCUGGAUAUCAACCAUCUGGCGAAUCUGACAAAGAGAACAAAAUGCAGGAACGUCCACCCAGUGCGUCUUCCAGUAGCGAUAUGUCUCUCUCUGAACCUCCUCAUCCUCUUCUUAGGAAUAAUAUGUUGGAGCCUUUAUGGAUUCAGCCAGAUAGGCUAAGUUCAAAAGCCCAGCUUCCUAGCUCACAACCUUCUGCUGUCUUGAAUGGAGGUCUUUUCUCCCAGCUCUUGUGCCUGGAUCACAUGGGUGUCUUGCAAACGGACUUUGACUCUGUAUUAUCAACCAGGAGGAGCCACAGCACAGCUGUCGGUUCCAUGCCAUUGGCAUCUCAGUCAUUUAUAACAUCUGCUGUACAGCCCACCAUUAAUCAGUAUAAAAGUAAAUUGGACCGUAUUGAAGCCCUGAAGGCAACAGCAGCCUCUCUGUCCAGCAGAAUUGAAAGUGAAGCCAAGAAGUUAGCUGGGGCUGGCAUUAAUUAUGGUGCCAUAUGGAAUUCUGAGCGGGACUUGUUGCAAGGAGAUCAAGGUGAUGGUUACUGGGCGAAAGCCUGCAGCUCCCCAGUGAGAGAAGAUGAUGUCUUUUCUGCCAGACUUCAGAAGAUGUUAGGUACCUGCAUCUCUCACACAAGUUUUGAUGAUAACCUUCCCGGAGUGGGAAAUCUUAGUGAGUUUAAAAAGCUCCCAGAGACGAUCAGUCCUCAUACUGCUGCUAUCAGCCUCCCAGGUAACCACAGACCUGAAAGUAUGCUAGGAAAUCUGACCAAGAAGCAAACCUGCUCCCAUGGUGGUGAAAGUAAAGCUGUAGUUCCUCAUGAUGGCAGUGCAGGUUCAAUAAGUGAGGGGCCACUCAGUGAUGGUCUUCUGUCUGAGGAGGAGGAAGAAAAGUGUGAAUACUCACGUUUGAAGAUGGCUGAAGUGUUAAGGGAAAAAGAGUUCUGUGUGGCAAAUAAAACUAGCUAUGAGCCCAUAAAAGAAUUUCAGAAGGAGGCAGAGAAGUAUUUACCCAUUUUCACACAGAUGAAUGCUCCAAAACCAUGGGAAGAACUGUCUAAGGGAAGUCCGCAUAGUGUCAUCAACAUCUUUACAAAAUCUUACCAGCUUUAUGGGAAAGGAUUUGAAGAAUGGUCAGGACAAGAAUUGACAACCCAGCGACCUUUACUUCCAGUUAUGAGCCCUCCAGCUAGUAUUGUUUCAUAUGAUGAUGACUUCAUCUCAUCACAGGGAAGUGGAACUGCAAUAGACAAAAAGGCUGCUCUUGAUCCCAGUGGCAGCAGCAGCCCCAGCCUAAAAGAAGAGUUAGCCAGCAGGAAGUCACCUUAUGAGCUCCAAGCAAUAGAAUUUACCCACCAUUCUUCAGGACCACCAUCUGCAGGUUCUUCUCGUUCGUCUGCUUCUUCUAAAAGAAGAGGGAAAAAGGAAAAACUGGAAUCUUUCAAUGGAAUUCCAAGUGCCUCUUUGUGGGAGGAAAACAAAGUGUCCCCAGUGUCGGACUAUGGACUGCAACAGGCAAAGAACUCUUUACCUAGUAAUGGAGUCUCUAAUAGAGAACAAGAGCAGAACCCAGAUUCUGACAGUACUUUAGAGGAACUUUCUGGUCACUCCUUGAUGAGUCUCCCAGAAAAGAUAAGGUCUCCAAGGACUGUAAGUUCUCCUCAAUCUCCAAGCUUACAGAAACAAUCAGAGUCUGCAGUAAAUGCAGCAGAAAAAAACAGAUCUUCAAGCUCUCCAGCAACUAUAGCCCCUGGACCCAAGUCAAGUAUUGCUUUUUCUGAUUUGAACCUUGGAACCAACAGGAUGGGAGGAAGCACCAUGAAUGGUCCCAUGCGCUUCUCACCUGCUGGUCUCCAGCAUCGGAUGUCAGCAGAGCUUAACUACUUAAGUGCCAUUGAGGAGUCUGUACGCCAGAUUUCCGAUGUAGAACGGGUGCGGGGCAUAUCGCUUGCACAGCAGGAAAGUGUUUCACUGGCUCAAAUCUUAAAGGCACAGCAGCAACGACAUGAGCGGGAUUUGGCUCUUCUGAAGCUUAAAGCAGAGCAAGAGGCUUUGGAAAGUCAGAGGCAGCUGGAAGAAGCAAGGCAGAAAGCAGCUCAGGCCCAUGCAGAGUCACAGCAGCAGCUGGUGCAGUCACGGCAGGAGGCAGCAGAGGCUCUGCAGGAGACAACGUGCAAGAUGGCAGCUCAACAGGUGGAGGCAGCUCUGCUGACCACAGAUGCUGCUCGCCAGAUACGUGAGAUGACGGAACUUGCACGUGCGCAGAUCUCUGAUGCUGUUGGUGUCCCUGCAGCUCCAAUUACCACACUGUUUGACCAAGAGCGGAAGCACCAUUCAGCGUUCAUAAAGCAACUGAAAGCUCACAAUAUGAGCAGGAAAGCAGAAUCAAUUACUCCUUCACAAAGUAAAGAGGAAACAGGUGACGCAAAGCACCAUUACUCUCCCUCAUUUGAUAGUUACUCAGAAUCAUCAAGAUCAAAGGCACACGAUCAGAGUAGCAGUAGCAGUCGUCAGGAAAGUCCAUCUGUUCCAUCUUCCAAGGAGACCAAGAAAUCUUCACGUCGUGAGAAGCCAAGCAGCUCCAUUGAAGAGGAGGCUCCUAUAGCUGUGAAUGAUUCCCUGCAGAGUAAUAGUAUUCCAUCCAUUCCCGAUGAGAGAGACUCUACCUCUGUUGCAACAGAAUAUUCCCUGAAAUUUGAUGAAUCCAUGACAGAGGAUGAGAUUGAAGAGAAGUCCUUCCGGUCCUUACUCCCUUCUGAAAGUCACCGUCGGAUCAAUUUGAAGAAACGGGAUCACCGGGAUUACUCUGAUGAGGAAGCUUCUCCUGGAAAGACCACCCUACCACCUGUUAAAAAUUUCUGUGGGACACUCUCAAAAGAUCUUAGCCCCAGGACUCUGAAAUGCCAAGUGUUGGUGCUCAACAGCAUUCUGGGGUGCAAGGAGCUGAGCCUGCCAUUCUCGGGAGGGCAAGACAGCUUUUCUAAAUUUACAAUGGAAAUGGUGCGGCAGUACAUGAAGGAAGAAGAGAUGCGGGCAGCUCAUCACUCCUCACUGCUUCGGCUACGUGAAAAAGCACUGAAAGAGAAGACAAAGGCUGAGCUAGCCUGGCUGGAGCAUCAGAAAAAGCGUUUACGAGACAAAGGAGAGGAUGACAAGAUGCCACCUAUCCGAAAGAAACAACGUGGCCUGCUUCUGAAGCUGCAGCAGGAGAAGGCAGAAAUUAAGCGUCUUCAGGAGGCCAAUAAGGCAGCACGGAAGGAGAGGCAACUAAUCCUUAAGCAGCAGGAAGAGAUUGAGCGAAUACGCCAGACCACGAUGAAACUGCAGGAAAAACUAAAGUCUGCAGGGGAGAAUAAGUUGGAGCAUCGCAGUGAGGAUGAUGUAAAGCAAACACAUUCCUCAAGCCCACUGCCAACGGAUGCAGAGACCUGUAGCCCUUCCUCCAUGUCUAGCUGUGAGACCAGUAGCAUCAUGCAGAAACUAAAGAAAAUGCGCAGCCGGAUGGAUGAGAAACACUGCUCUCCUGUUCACUACUUCUUCUCUGUCUUUACGUCUCACCACUGGGCUUCUCUCAGUGUCUGUUUUCCCAACCUCCAUCCCAAAUUCCAGCUGUAUAUCUACAACCAAUUGGUCAGAUUCUUGACUAAGCGAGAGCAAAAACUGAUGCAACGUCGCCAACAUGCUGAAGAAUUGCUUCAGUGGAAGCGCCGUUUAGAUGCAGAAGAAGCGGAGAUACGGCAGAUAGAGAAACAAGCAUUGGCUGCCUGGGACAAAGAACUGCUCAAAGUAAAAGCAAACAAAAAGGGGGCAGGAGACCAGAAAUCUGACCAGAAAGAAACAGCCAGUGAGGAAGAGUCUUCAGUGCCACCUUGUUCUCGCUUAAAUAGUGAAAGCUCUGUCCCAGAAGAUCUAGGCAGCCUCGCUAUUGAAUCUGGCCCAUCAAAGGUCUCUGAGGUACAAGAGCAGUUUGGAAACCUAGAUCACACACUUACUGAAGAAAUGGUUUAUACACAGGAACUAGAGUCUGCUGCCUCGCCUGGAAAACAUUCUCCUUCCAAAAGUAGUGCAUCUCUGACAAAGCAAGGGACUCACCGAACUGGAGGACAACAACAUUCAUGUACAAAAUCCCAGGAUCCAAUAUCUUAUAGUUGGUCCGAUGAGUCUUUAUCUAUGACCCAGUCAGAAACUACAUCCGAUCAAAGUGAUAUCGAAAGCCGAAUCCGUGCUUUGAAGGAUGAGUUACGAAAGAGAAAGUCUGUGGUUUACCAACUGAAAAAGGAACAAAAGAAAAGGCACAAAGAGAGGCUGAAAGCCCAGGAGGCCAGUUUGAUUAAACAAUUAGAGACUUACGAUGAAUUCAUCAAGAAAACUGAAGCCGAGCUGAGUCGGGAUCUGGAAGCGACACCUACAGCAAAACCUCAGAUCAAAACUCCAUCUUCAGCUACUGAGAAACCAAAGAUCAAACCACCUCCCCUCCAUAGGUCUGAGACAACAAAAAGUUGGAAAUCACUACCUGAUUCUGACCGUUCUAGAGGAUCCCUGGAGUCCAUUGCAGAGCAUGUUGAUGCUGUCUCACAUUCUGAAAGAUCUGUGUCUGCAUAUACCAGGAAGUUCAUUGAAGCAGACAUUCGAACAGAUGAUCAACCCCAAAUUCCAUCCCUACUCCUCAAGGCUCCAAGAAAAUCUAGAGCAGAAUCUGGUGAUUCAUUGGACAGUUUGGCUUCAUCAACUCUUUUCAAGGACUUAGGGGAUGUAUGUAAAACAUCCCAUGUGACACUGAACAAGUUUGAAGAUGCAACGAGUUAUGAUUCUUUUGCAUCCACUAACAGAUCUGUGGUACAGGAAGAGGUGGAAUCUGUAAAAUCAGAAGAAUGCGAGGCUGAAGUAGCUCACAAGACUUCUGAAAAAUCUGAUGCCUCUGCCUUUGAUAUAGAACAAAAGAGUUCACCUCCAGCUACCCUAAAGACAGGUGUGUAUCCUGAGGCUGAACUAUUGGAGAAGAAGCAGACCAACUUGCCUUUUGUACAGGAAAGAAAAGAAAUGCCAGAAGAAUGUAAUGAUGAAAGGACCAUAUCAAUCAAGUCUUCUCAUAAGUUGAGCAAAGAGUUGCAGAAAGGAGAUUCCUUGGUUUCAGAACAGAUUUCCAUUUGCAAAGAGCCAUUGUAUUCUAACAAUUUUGAAGGGUCUUCCUCAAGAGAAAAGAUGUCAAAAAACGAGACACCUUUUACUGAAUAUUGCAAGGAUGAUUUUGACACACCUCCAUUGUCUCUUGGAAAAGACACUAGGUCACAGGGAGAGAAAUCUUGGUAUACAAAAACUCCUACGAGUACUAGUAUUGGAAGUGACAAUGAAAUAAGUGAAUGUCUCAGUGACAAGUCUUUGUCUGUGGCUGGCAGCAUUCAUUCAGAGAGGUUAUUAGAAUUGAAGUCACCAACAGAACUUAUGAAAAGUAAAGAGCGCAGUGAUGUGGAGAAAGAACCAGCUCAUGUCGAUUUAUCACUCUGGGCUUCCAGUUCCAAGGCAGAAGAAGAAGAAAAUACUUUGCUAGAUUUCAGGAUUGGUGAAAGAGUUCUUGUGAGCAAUGUACAGCCUGGGACACUGAGAUUCAAGGGCCUGACAAGUUUUGCUAAAGGGUUUUGGGCUGGUGUAGAAUUGGACAAGCCUGAAGGAAACAAUAAUGGUGCUUACAAUGGCAUUCAGUAUUUUGAGUGUAAAGAAAAACAUGGCAUUUUCGCCCCCCCACAAAAAAUAUCUCAUAUUCCAGGAAGUUUUGAUUAUUAUGUGGAUUCAAAUGAAGGCUCUUUACACAAAGAUAAACUAGAUCACCAUGACAAAGCAAAUCAGAAAGACGCAGAAAGUACUGAAGAACAGGAGAGUAAGGAAAGAAAUGCAAGUGAGAAAUGCCCCCAGGAUAAAUCUCCAAGUGAUACAUCUGUCUUAGAGGGUUCACUCGCAGCUGGAGAUUUUAUAAAACUCACUUCCCAAAGAAACCAUGUUCCAAUACUUACUGCUGCUGCUGAAGAGCUUGAUCAAGAAACGAGUAUUGUUGAUGCUCUAAAAUCCUCUGUAGAAGACAAUGGUAUCUUAUCUGCCUCCAUUUCUAGUGCCCAUAGAGAGGCUUCAGCUAUUGCAGUAGACGGGACCUUGGACAGCAUCUUCCCAGAAAAAUUCAAGCAGCAGCAGCCUUCUUGGCAGGAAUAUACUGAAAAGUCAGAUAGCCUUUCUCCUGGAGUUCUGGAGAAGUCUGCAACUCCUCUCCUGGACUUGUUGACAAAAGAAAGAAGCCAGUUAGAAGCACAACUUAGAAUCCCAUCCCAAGAGGAGGAAGAACUGGUAGAUCAACAGGAGAAGGUUGGCUUGCUGGCUGACAGUCUCUUGCAGACUUUUGUGAAGGACACAGUCAAUCAGCUGCAACAAAUCAAGAAGGUCAGGAAUGAGAAAAUCCAAUGUAGCAAUCAAGAACUCUGCACUGUCCAAGAGAAGUUGGCAACUAAUGACCUGCACAGCAUUUUAAUCGGUUCUGAACUGGAUGAUGGAGAAGAAGUUUCUUCCCCAGAUAUGUGUCCCAGGCCAGAAAGCCCUGUAUUUGGUGCCAGUGGGCAGGAAGAGCUUGCCAAGAGGCUGGCAGAACUAGAACUUAGCCGGGAGUUCCUGAGUGUAUUAGGAGAUGACCAGGAUUGGUUUGAUGAGGACUUUGGCUUGAGUUCUCGCAAGCUCCCUCAGAAACAAGCAGAAGAAUCAGCUGUGUUGCCAAAGAUAGAGCCCCCUAAAGUGCCACCCAAGCCAUGUGAAGAGCCAUUGGCUGUCCCACACACUGCAGGGGAGGUGGAGGACCUGGUGUAUGCAGUAGCUGAGGAACUAUGGAAGUGCAAAGAGCUGGGGCAUGAUCUUCAAGCGACCAACCUUCCCAGAGACAUAAGUGUGUCCCCCAAAGACGAUGACGUUGAAGCUGUGAGCAAACACAUCUACAAACAGGCUGUGUUUGACUUGACAAGAGAGAUCUUUGGAGAGAUCUUUGCAGAAGAUCCAAAUUUGAAUCAGCCCAUAUGGAUGAAACCCUGCAGAAAUACUUCUGGCUAUUUCCGCCGAGUAAAAGAUCCAAAUGACCUUGAGGAGAUCAAGAGUUUCAUAGCAACUGAGGUGCUGAAGCUAUUAAAUUUGAAAAAGGAGCCAAACAAUAAAACAGACUGGCAGAAAAUGAUGAAAUUUGGACGCAAAAAAAGGGACAGAGUGGAUCAUAUACUGGUGCAGGAAUUACACGAGGAAGAAGCGCAGUGGGUGAACUACGAUGAAGAUGAGCUGUAUGUGAAGAUGCAAUUGGCAGAUGGAAUUUUUGAAGCCUUAAUUAGAGAGACUAUUGAUGUCCUUAAUCAGAUUAACGAAAAACAGGAGAAGCUGCUGCCUCUGUAAUAUUGAAGCUAUAUUUUUGUCAUAGCAAUGCUGUUACUGGAGUAUCAUAUGAUUUUAAGAUUGGCUGAGAGGCGAUAGAAUUUGCCCCUCCCUCCUGUGCUGCCUUUGGAGACUUUACACUGGAUUCGUUCCAAACAGUUUCUUUUCCAAUUGAUGUGUGUGUGUGUGUGUGUGUGUGUGUGUGUGUGUGUGUGUGUGGCCAAUUCAGCAUGAAGUAGAGCAGUUGGUACCUGAUGAUUGGGGUUUCUUGUUUUGUUUUGUUUUUUGAUGUGGCAGUCUUGUACAAGGACUGUACAUUUCAGAUACAUUUUGUAAAUUGCUGGGUUGGAGCACCAGAUACCCAACUUAGAAGAUUCAGUCAUUAGUAAACAUCAUUCUCCAUUUUAAUAACUGCUGUUCUAAUCUGUUUUUAAGUGUAAUUAAUAAUUUUGUUAACCAUCUUAAUGAUGUAUAUGACAGCCCAAACAUACACUGUUCCCCAUUUGUUGGUCUUGUUCUGUUCUUCCAUUCAUUUCCAUCUUUCUGUCUCAAAAUGUAGACAUAGAUAGUGUCACUUGAUUAAUGGAAGAGAAGCUUGAGGGUCUUGAGCUCAGUAUUUAGCUAAAGAUUUGUUUCUACUGCCUCAAGGCAGAAUGAAAAGUUGGCACAAAAUAUUCAUCUGGGCUUAUUUUCCUACUUUUCCACAGUAUUCGUUCUUUCCUUAGUGAACCACCAGCUGCUCCUAAGUAAAUGGAUACUCAGGAUUCUCUCAGGCUCUUGACAUGUGAGAGUUGGAAAAAAAUGCUUGUUAAAUGUAGGCCUUUGAUCCUUUUACUUCCUCCCUUGCUUACCACCCUACAGUAAUGUAUUGGCAGAGCCAUUACUUGAACUAGGUAGGGUUAGGAGUGUAUGUACCAAAGAGAGUGAUGCCCAGUGCUUGACUCUGGACUUGUUUUGUAUGCAUGUGAAAAUUCUUUUAACUUAUUUUAUAACUUGUAUGUUAAAAAUAUGUCUAGAGCAACACUGACUGCACUACUAUAAGAUUUAAAACACCAGAAUCUAUCAAAGUUGUCUUAUUUUAGGACUGUGUCUGUCCCAUAAACAUAGAGAUGCAUAGUCCUUGUGCAAAAAAAACAAUCUCAGAGAGACAGAGGGAGUCUGAAAAGAUCCAAGUGUGUGUUUUCCACUGUGGGGUAUGAAAGGGCCAUGAGGAGGCACAAACGAUCUAAAACUGGGACUUGCAGAGGAAGCACCUGAAAUGGGAUGUUAAAUCACCUUCUCCUCCCCACCCCAAGACUUCCCAUGUCAGUUAGGACACAGACAGUGUCAAACACUGUGGUUCACACUGCCCUGUCUCCUCCCCACCCCACCCCCCCAGUGUUUCUCCAAGGGAACACAGAUAAUCUAGGCCUUAAUUUGAAAUCUGGUUUACUUUACAUGAUAUAUUGAAUCAAAGCAGAUUCAAAUUCUUUUGACAUGUCUUAGCAUGGAGACAGCACUCAGAAGCAUGGGAGGAGGCACUCCAAAGACUAUAUGAACCAAGAGGUGUACAUGGGAAGAGUUGUGUCUUUUUCCUUUUCAUCUCAUUUAGUUCCUUGGGCUUCCAGCUAAGCGUACCUCUGCGAUUCCUAUAUUGGUCUCUUCUUUUGAAACCUUUUUGAUUUAUUUGCCUUUUGCACAAUGACACACAACCAAGGUAGCUCCUUGCAUCCAGGGGCAGCACAGAGAAAAUGGCAUUCAAACAAACCCUCAGAUCUGGCAUUGCCAGCGUCUCAUUUGUAAAUUUGCUAUGGCUAGUCUAAUCUAUAAGAGUGAGAAUACCCAGCAUGUAUACUUGUUAACAUUUCCCUCUCGCUGGAAGAGCCAAUUUAAACAACAGUCUGGUGGACUAAGAUGCUAUGAUUUGACUGUCUCUUCCUAUUGAACCUUGGAGUUGUCUUAAUGGAUUUAAACAAGAACUGUUUUUUUAACAGGUAUGAUGCCAUUUUAUAAUAGUGUCUUAGAUUUUACCACUUCUGACUCACCCAUUAUUUUUACCUGCCUAGAUACAUUGUGUGAAGCAAGGGAGUAUCCAAGCAGAGGUGGGAAAUCAUCUGCAAAACUGAUAGCUGCAUAGAUAGAGUAUUUCCAUUCUUGAGGUUACCAGAAAAAUAGCAAUAGUGAUGCAUUGCACACCCUAGAGCUGUUACCUUAAACUUAGGGUUCUUUAGUGUAGAAGCCUUAUUCUCUCAAGACAUAGAAAAGGGCUGAAAAUUUGCCUUGUAAACCUACUGAUGUCUGCUGAUUUGGGUGAACCAAUCACUGACUGCUAGUUUCAACCUUUCCACCUCUAUGCAGCAACAGCCUACACAAGUUAGCUUUUUUUCUAUAGAUAUUGGAUUAUUCUUGCAGGUUUUACAGUACAGAAGUCAUUCUUCUCAUCUCAGACACAAGUGUGAAAACCUAUAGCAAGGAUGCAUUACAAUACCUCUAGCUUGCCCUGAGAGAUCCUAUGUUUGCAACUGUGUGAAAAUGUAUAGUGUAUGUUUAAUACAUGCCUUUGUCACCCAGAGAUUUGUGAGCUCCAAAGCAUGAGCUCUCAUAUCUGUGAAUGAGACCCGUGUCAUUUUUGGAAUACUUUUUUGAUGUGCCUGCAGACAUGGCAGUGUCCAUCCUGUAUAUACUAAAUGAGAAGUGGCCUUUAACCUGGAGUCCACUGGGGACUGUGGGGAAUUGUCCUUUUCGCAUCACAGUUCAGGAUGGAUUGUUGAAGCAGCACAGAGGAGUCUGGAGUUUAACAGAUGACAAAAGAGUUGCCAUUUUCUUAGAGAGUGUACCCUGAAAAACACUUGAAUUAUGUUGUGUUCCUCAGUCUUUAAAUUAAUGUUGGAAAAGACUAUGGGAUUUGACCAUUUUGAGCCUAAAAGUAAGAGAAACUAUUUAUAGCACAGCUAGAAAACAUGGAUCGAGUUAAAUGUGUUGCCAUCUUUCCCUUCUGAGUUCAAGAAAAGAACUAUCAAGGCAAGAUGCACAAAAGACCAGAAUUAUGCAAAUACAAAGCGCAACAAUUCUCCCUAUCGAAUUGUUGCUGCUCUACAGGUUGUGACACAGUCCCCUAAAUCUUUUCUAUUAAAGCCCCAUUUAAAUGAAUAGGAGUUAGACAAGAAUGCAACUGCGCUCUUGCACAAUUCCCAUUCUUCCCAAAGGAGACUUGAAUAGCAAAGAUUCACGAUGGAUUGUGCCUGGUAGACUUAACUGUCAUAACCUUUCAGAAAACAACAGAAAGAUUUUGUGGCCGGUUUGGUGGGGGUGGGGGGCAGACCCAUUGAUGAUCUUUGAAAACGUGGCCUUAGCAUUUUUUGCAAUACUUGAAUAAAAGUGUGUUCACUAAAAAAAAUUCAGUAGCACAGCAUUCAGAGACCAUUGAAGUAACUGCACCACAAAUACUUUUUCAAUCACUUUUGCUACCUUAACAGAAUUGACUACUUAUGUUCCAGCAGCAAAAACAGUUGAUACUUGCAAAGUGUUUCUUCUUAAACUGUAGGAUUUUUUUUUGGUAUUAUUUACAAACACUGUUCAAUAUGGAUAAGCAAAACUCUCAAAUAAACUAAUUUGAAAUCUAACGUGGAAAAGAAAAAAAGACUGAAAAGCUGUACUGUAAUACAUUGGAGUAAAUAGGAGUUUUUCCUUGAUAUUUUGCAGAGCCUUUUUAUAUACAUUUGCAGAGCCGUCUUGGGGAGACCCUUCUUCCCUGUGUACUGUAUUGUGCAGAUACUAAAGUGAUCCCAUGUGUGUGUAUGUAAAUAACCUUGUCAUACUGGUUUCCAGGUCAAUUUCAGCCAAUAAUCACACACCCAUGUGCAGCACGGCUCAGUAGAUUACAGGGUGUUAAGGUUCUUGUAAUUAUGAACUGUAAAAUAACCAGGGUAGUCCCUGUGUACACCAGUGUAAAUAUCUUUGUUAAUUUGAGAUGUACUUUAAGAGAAUAAAAUCUGUAAAUAAACUGAUUUAUAAAUGA